AUGUCAAAAAGAAGGAGUUCAAGGUUGGUCGAAAAGGAGGUUGAAGAAUCUCCUGAAAUUGAAACGAAGCAAGCAAAGGAAGUGGUUGAUCCGAUUGUAGAGGAAGAGGAUGAAGAAGAGGAAGAAGUUUCUCUGAUACGGAGGUCUUCAAAGAAGCCAGCAACUGCAAAAUCCACCACUACAAAAUCAACAACACCAAAAAUCACCACAAAAUCUACCACCACAAAAGCGUCUAAGCCAGAGGAGUCGGAAAAGUUGGAGGAGUCAGAAUCUGACAAGGAGUCGGAGCCGGUGGAUAUGUCUGAACCGGAGAAUCAGGAGAUGGAGGAAGAAGAAGUUGAGAAGGAGGAGGUUGUAAUCGUUGAAAAGGCAAAGAAGGUUGUUGCCCAGAAACCGUCAUCCAAAGCGGUUAAGUCUGUUGUGAAACCGAUUUCCAAACCCAUUCCUACUAAACCAUCAAUCAAAACCACCAAGACCAAAACUUCUCCCCCUACAAUUGCACCCCAACCAGUGGAUAAAUCAAAGAAGAAAGCAGAUGCUGAUGUUGAGGCGGAAGUUCCUAAAAAGGAGACGGUUAAGGCUGGUGCUAGCAAGGGCCCUAGGAUAAAGACGAUUGCUAGGACGGGUGCUGAAUCUUCAAAAGGCAAGGAGAUCAUGGAGCAGGAACCAGAAUCAGGCCAGUUCCCUGCUGACAAAAAGAGGAAGGUGUAUGUUACUGCUGUUGCUGCUGUUGAGGGUUCUAAACCCAAGAAAAAACUUGAUGUCUUUAUGCCUUUCGUUGAGGAAUUUUAUGAACACCUGCAUACUAAUGACGAUGGAUCCUACUUUACUUUUGUUAAGGGCACUCCCAUUCAUUUAUCUGAGAAGAGCCUGGCUGAAAUUCUCAAAGUCCCAUACAAGGGACUGGAUGAGUACUCAAGGGAGAACUGGCCCACAGUUAAAGGCCUCACAGCAGAACAGAUCCAGACCAGGUUGUUCACUGGUCCUCCUGACCCUAAGCAGGGGUAUACCAUUAGCCAUCUAAGGGAGCCAAUCAUGGGGAUCUUUCAUACUAUAGCCUCAAAGAUUGUGAUUCCCAGAGCAUAA